AUGCAGAUCACACUCGCUCUCGCCACCUUGGCCACUGUGGCCUCUGCCGCCAUUGGAAGUUCUCCAACUGCUUCUGCACCUGCUGGAUGUUCCACAAGUUAUUCCGGUGCAUUCGAGAUCACCAUCUUGAACUCGACAACGCCACGUCAAUCGACCACCUGUGGACAAGCUGGUUACCUGACUGUCACCUUGGCGGAUAGUAUCCUCAAGGACUCUCAGAACCGUCAAGGAGAAAUCGUUGCCAACUACCAAUUCCAAUUUGACAACCCUCUUCAAUCAGGCGCUGUCUAUACUCAAGGCUUCUCAGUCUGCAACAAUGGUUCAUUGGCUCUUGGUGGAUCAAAUAUCUUCUGGGAAUGUCAAACAUCUGAUGGACCAGGUAUUGGUACCUAUUACAACUUGUACUCUCAGAGUACUGGUGCUCAAUGCGAACCUAUCCUGAUCAACAUCAUUCCUUGUGACGAUUCUUCCAGCACUUCGACCGGUGUCGUUGGACAAUCAAGUGAUGGACAGCCAACUGGUACAUCUGUUGGUUCAGUUGUCAGCCAAAUCACUGAUGGUCAACCUCAAGCUACUGGAACUCCUGGUUCAAUCACCACUGCCCCUGUCUCUCAGAUCAGUGAUGGUCAACCACAAGGAACCACCAUUGCUCCAAAGCCAACUGGAUGUGUUGUUUCUCAGAUCUCGGAUGGACAAAUUCAAUUCAUUACCAGUUGCCCAACACCUACACCUACCCCUGCUUGUGUUGUCUCUCAGAUUUCUGAUGGCCAAGUUCAAUACACCAGCUGUGCAUCCACUCUGGUGACAAGCGCUCCUGUCUCCCAGAUCUCCGAUGGCCAAAUCCAAGCCACUACAGCCACCAGUGCUCCAGUAUCUCAAAUUUCUGACGGACAGAUUCAAGCUACCACUGCCACCAGCGCUCCGGUUUCUCAAAUCUCUGAUGGCCAAAUUCAAGCUACCACCUCUGCUCCCUCGGUCGCCUCGACCUCAUUGGCUGUUGUUUCUCAGAUCUCCGAUGGACAACCACAAGCUCCCAAUGCCACUUCCACACCUCUUCAGGUCACUGGAAACUCCGCAACCAGUCUCAAUAUUGCCAGCACCUUUGCUGCUGUCAUGGUCGGUUUCGCUGCUAUGCUUCUCUUGUAA